UAUGUACCUUUUACAUGAACACUGACAUAAUUCCUAACAUUUAUUGCCUGCGGUUGCUCUGUCUCAAGACGUUUCGAUUUGAGGGAAGGAUUCCACAGUGAUAAAACUGCACACUAAUUACUCCACAGUUGUAUAACUGUGCUCUUACAGUUCUGUGUUGCUGCACUAUGCAGUACUACAGUUACAUUCUGUUCCACAUAGCUACAACUACAUUUGUAGUUCUACAUAAUUUCACAGUACUACAGUUACAUUCUGCCCCACUGAGCUAUAACUACAUUUGUAGUUCUACAUAAUUUCACAGUACUACAGUUACAUUCUGCCCCACAUAGCUAUAACUACAUUUGUAGUUCUACAUAAUUUCACAGUACUACAGUUACAUUCUGCCCCACAUAGCUAUAACUACAUUUGUAGUUCUACAUAAUUUCACAGUACUACAGUUACAUUCUGCCCCACUGAGCUAUAACUACAUUUGUAGUUCUACAUAAUUUCACAGUACUACAGUUACAUUCUGCCCCACAUAGCUAUAACUACAUUUGUAGUUCUACAUAAUUUCACAGUACUACAGUUACAUUCUGUUCCACAUAGCUAUAACUACACUCGUAGUCAUAUAUAAUUUCACAGUACUAUAGCUUCGUACAACUGCGGAUUUCACAGAAAUUCACAGUGCCGAGAACCUGCGACGUUUUUGUGCAUUGCCUCUGGAACUCUGCAGUGCUCCCAACACCGCUGUAAUUCCACAGUCCCACUGUCACUCAGCCAAACAGGUGUGAGCAGAUCAAUACUUGGGACUGGAGGCGCUGAAGUUUUACUUCCAAAUAGAGGCUUUCUGUGAAAGUGAUAGGAAUGUGUGCGUGUGUGCCUUUGAUAGUGCAUGUGCAUCUGUGAUCGUGCAUGUGCAUCUGUGAUCGUGCAUGUGCGUCUGUGAUAGUGCAUGUGUAUCUGUGAUAGUGCAUCUGUACAUCUGUGACAGUGCAUGUGCGUCUGUGAUAGUGCAUGUGUGAGCAACACGCUACUGGGUCAUUUGAGAAUCACACCACAUUCCUCACAUUGCACAUGUUACAUGGAAUGUGACAUACACAGUGGCACAGAAAAAAAGACUUUGUAUAUAUAUAUAUACAAUUUUUUCAGCAAACCCAUAGUAGAUAAUUCAUGAAAUGAUUUAUAAUCGUGAUAUAUACAUUGAAGUGUCUUGCAAUGUAAAAAUGACUACCGGUACUUACAAGCUUUGAAUUCUGAAACUCCAGGAGAGGGACUGACAGAACCAGGACUAUAAGAAGCGCACCGGGACGAUGGCUUAUAUAUGCCGAGCAUGUACAACCAUACGUUGUCCCUGGGUUUCGUUUUGUUUUUCCACAGCGGAGACCCCCAGGUGCCCGCCCUCUGUGCCCCCGCUGCGGUGCGCUCCGAUAGUGGGGAGCUGAGCUGUGACUCUCCCUCUCUCUCCCCAGGAGAUAUGACCGAGGACUGGAACGCCUGUCCCCCCGGCACCCCGGAGCUGCGGCUGAUCCUCCUGGGCUCCAUCGGCUGCGGUAAGACCCUGUCUGGGGACACCCUCCUGGGGCAGCACGCCAUGGCCUCCGGCUCCAGGAGCCCCAGGACCUGCCAGCUGAGGCAGGGCGUGUCGGAGGGGCGGAAGCUGUCCCUGGUGGAGGCCCCGCGCUGGUACUGGAGCGGGGGCCAGCUGGAGUCCAGCGUCAAGGAGGAGACCAAGCGGGCGCUCUCCCUGUGCGAGCCGGGGCCCCACGCGUUCCUCGUGCUCGUCCCCGUGGGCGAGUUCACGGACGUGGAGCCGCGCGUGCCCGGCGAGCUGGAGAACAUGUUCGGGCCCGGGGCCCUGCGGCACGCCCUGGUGCUGUUCACCUGCGGGGACUACCUGUCGGGCAGGACGGCCGAGGACUACCUGGCAGGGGAGGACCCCGGGCUUCGGGAGGUGGUGGAACGGUGCGGGGGCAGGUACCACGUCUUCAACAACCGCCGGCCUCAGGACAGACCGCAGGUCCGGGCGCUGCUGGACAAGCUGGAGCGCUUGGCGCAGGAGAACGGGGGCUGUUACGUGUCCGGUGGCCCGAGGAGACGAGUGGAGGACCGAGCGGUCGGCGCAGGGAAGCAGGAAAGGACGUUUCUCGCAGAGAGAGAGGCGCAGCCGGAGGAGACCGUUAAACUGAGACACGUGGGCAACGGGCUCCAGGCACAGCUACCCCAGAAGCUGCCCCAGCAACUACCCCAGCAGCUACGCCAGGAGCUGCCCCAGCAACUACCCCAGCAGCUACGCCAGGAGCUGCCCCAGCAACUACCCCAGCAGCUACGCCAGGAGCUACCCCAGCAACUACCCCAGCAGCUACGCCAGGAGCUGCCCCAGCAACUACCCCAGCAGCUACCCCAGGAGCUGCCCCAGCAACUACCCCAGCAGCUACCCCAGGAGCCACCCGCACCGCAGCAAGCCUCGCAGCCUGGGACACCGGAAGAGACUGACGGCUCACCCCUGCGGAGGAGCUCCAGCUUCCGGCUGACUGAGGAGGGCGCUCUUCUCUCUCAGAUGACAGAGAUGAAACUCAACCAGAACUUUGUCAACACCUGCCACCACCAGAUCUCCCCCCCUGAAAGCCCCGUCUCUCCCUCUCCCUCUCCCUCCUCUCCUUCAUUUCCCUCCUCUUCCUCACAGUCCUCACAGCUGAGGCUGGUGCUGCUAGGCCGGACAGGGGCGGGGAAGAGCGCGGCGGGUAACACGAUCCUGGGCAGGGAGGCGUUUGUGUCCCGGGGCAACGGCGCGGUUGCUGUCACUCAGGCCUGUGAGAAGAAGAAGGGAACCGCUGCUGGGCAACGGGUGGCUGUGGUGGACACGCCCGACUGGUUCUGCUCAGAGCUCCCCCCGGAGGACGUUCGGCGCCAGGUCUCCAACUGCGUGGCCCUCUCGGCCCCGGGGCCCCACGCCUUCCUCCUGUGCGUCCCGGUGGACCAGCCGGCCAAGAUGGAGCUGGAGGCGCUGGGGGCGCUGGAGGCGGUGUUCGGGCGGGACGCGGUGCGGCGGCACACCCUGGUGCUGUUCACCCACGGCGACCGCCUGCCGGAGGGCGGGGCCGUGGAGGACUACAUCAUCACGCAGCGCAAGGACCUGCUCCAGCUGGUGGAGUGGUGCGGCGACCGCUACCACGUCCUGGAGAGGGGGGGGGGCGGUGGCGGCGGCGGCGGCGACGGCGACGGCGCGGGGGGGCGGGAGGCCAACGUGGCCGAGCUGCUGGAGAAGGUGGAGCAAGCGGUGAGGGAGAACGGGGACUCCUACUACAGCUGCUCCCUGUUCCAGGAGGCGGAGAGCAGGGUGAGACAGAGGCAGGAGGAGAUCCUGAGGGAGAGGAGAGAAAGAGAGCCGGAAAGGGGAGGCGCGGAGCGCGCGCAAGUGCAGGCGCGGGAGACGGAGAGGUGUUUCACCUCCUCCUCCACGCUGUACUCCGUGCAGGAGAUGGAGGAGGAGGAGUUGCAGGAUCAGGCCAGGGAGGAGGCGGAGAAUAGCGUGCGCGACCUCAAUGUGGGCACUCUGUCCUCUCUCUCUUCCUCUUCCUCUUCCUCCCCCACCUCCUCCACCUCCCCGUCGUUCUUUCUCUCAGCUUGGGAUAAAGUGGCCACGGGGGCGAGGAGAGUCCCGAAACUUGUUGCGGGAGGUGCUCUGCUGGGUGGGGUGGUUGGGAUAUUUUUUGGGGGACCCCUGGGGGGUGUAGUCGGGGCGACUGCUGGCUCAGUGGCCACAGAAGUAGGGCGACGGAAGUACAGUCAGAAAAAUAAAACUGAGUAAGAGAUCGCUACCUAUGUUCAGGGUCAUCACUUUAAUUCCCCGAUGGAUGAAUUCA